AUCCGGACUCCGGCCGGGGCCUGGGCGGGGCCGAGCGCAGCGCCUCUCGAGCCGGGAUUGCCUCCGAGAGCUCGGGCCUGGAGGGGCGGGGCGUCCUGGACACCCGGGAUUGGCGUGGCCGGGAGCCUUCUCCCGUCGUGCACCGGGGCCCCGGCCACUCACCCGGAAGGAGAAGCCGAGACUCUGGCUAUAUGGUGCGGCGCGGGCGGUGUCGCUCUGGGGCGUGUGUGCUGCUCUCAGGAGCCAGCCUGGAUCAUUUGUUGGCAGUACAUAUUGGCUGAAGUCAGUUUUCAUUUCAAGCAGAUGUUUUCUUCCAAUGGGCUUUGGGUGUAGGAUGUUGGAAAACCAAGAGUUGGAGGAGGUGAUCACUGUGCGUGUUCAGGAUCCCCGUGUGCAGAAUGAGGGCUCCUGGAAUUCUUACGUGGAUUAUAAGAUCUUUCUCCACACCAACAGCAAGGCCUUCACUGCCAAAACGUCCUGUGUGCGUCGCCGCUACCGUGAGUUCGUGUGGCUGAGAAAGCAGCUCCAGAGAAAUGCUGGUUUGGUGCCUGUACCUGAACUUCCUGGGAAGUCAACCUUCUUUGGCAGCUCUGAUGAGUUCAUUGAGAAGCGGCGACAAGGUCUGCAGCACUUUCUGGAAAAGGUCCUGCAGAGUGUGGUCCUCCUCUCAGACAGCCAGUUACACCUCUUCCUACAAAGCCAGCUCUCGGUGCCCGAGAUAGAAGCCUGCGUCCAGGGCCGAAGCCCCAUGACCGUGUCUGACGCCAUUCUCCACUACGCUAUGUCCAACUGUGGCUGGGUCCAGGAAGAGAGGCAGGGCUCCUCUCACCUGGCUAAGGGAGACCAGCCAAAGAGUUGCUGCUUUCUUCCGAGAUCCGGCAGGAGGAGCUCUCCCUCCCCACCUCCCAGGGAGGAACAGGACCAUUUCGAGGUGUGGGCUCCCGUUGUUGACUCUGAAGCUCCUUCCUUGGAAAGCCCCCCUCUCCUUCCCUCCCCCUCGCCGUCCUGCUGUGAUUUUGCAAGACCUGAGGACGCCUCUGCUCCCCAGCCUGUGAGAAGGGCCGUGGGAGGGGACCGUGCUGUGCCUUUGGACCCUGGGCAGUUAGAAACGGUUUUAGAAAAAUGAGCUCUGGUCCGAGCACUGGGUUCUGCUCCGAGGCGGCAGAGAAGAUGCCGGCAAGGAGACUUGCUGGGGUGGGAAAGGGGCACAGGGUAGGUGUUGGGGAGUCUGGGCCACUUACUGUCGAAUGGUCACCUCUGCUCAGGUUGGUGGCACAGAAGUCGGUCACCACAACUCCUCAGGCUUCAUCCAUGGGAUUAAACACUGGACGGUUUUAAGUUAGGCAUAAGGCCCACCAUGGGCUGUUGGUUUUGCACAGAAAUACGUGGUGUGUUUACUCUCCUGCGAGCUGAGUUGCUUUAGAUGUUUGUUAACGGGCUCGGGAGCAUUGCCUCAGGUUGACUGGUUUGGGGGGACCUGCAAGUGACCGCUUUUAAGCUGUCCUGUUGAAUACUGAUCCGAUGGAAAUGGUUGUGUAGUCGUAUUCCCACUGGCGGGCUUCUUGCUGCGGCCCUUAGAGCACUUUGUUUCCGGGAGGCUGGCCUCUUGCCUCCCUCCUUUCGUGGCCAGGGUGGUGUUUGUUCUCCCAC